AUGGCGCAAAAUUCCUCUGGAAAAGCGGCAAUGCGUCUGGAGGACCUCGUGGUGCCUGCGAAGAAUGGAGAACACAGAAGUAUUCCGGGGGCAAAGUUCAUAAUGCACAUUACAUUACUUGUCUUGACUAUGCUUUCUUACACUGUUACACGUGCAUUCGGCGCCCCAUUUGUUUGGGUCUUGUCUCCCUCAUGGGCUGAGACGACGCUGCUGAUUGAGCAGUACGCACGCCGUGCUGAGCUCGUGGUUCCUCCUGUUGUGCUGCAGGAAAAAGUAGAGACGUUUGUCGGGUCCUGCAACCCGACAUCUGUUGAGUAUCUCUUCAAAGAACUCUUACAGAAGUAUCGCUUCAUGGAACAUUCUCUGCUCGGGCAGAAGGACACUCUCAGGGCCAAGACACUCGCCAUAAAGGAGACAAUGGAUGCAUUGGAGAUGCUGAAGCGGCAGCGCGUAAGGGAACCCUCUUGUUAUUUGUAG